AUGGCACCCCCAACAGGGCCAUUGAAUCUGGAUGUCGAGGCCAUCUCCGGCAUAUGCGGUUCCAUCUCUAUCGCAGCAUGGGUUGUGGUCUUCAGCCCACAGAUCCUCGAGAACUUCCGCCGGAGCUCAGCUGACGGCCUUUCGCUGCAAUUCAUCAUAGCAUGGUUAUUGGGCGAUGUCUUCAAUAUUCUGGGCGCCGUCUUUCAGGGCGUCUUGCCCACCAUGCUCAUCCUCGCCAUCUACUACACGAUUGCCGACGUGGUGCUGCUGGCCCAGUGCUUCUACUACCGGGGCUUUACUUGGAAGGACGAGGUUGUGCCUCCUCCCCCCAAGCCCGCGAGGGUGCUUGUAACAGGCGAGCCAAAUGAAAGGACGGGCUUGCUUGAUGGGCAUGGGCCCCUUGCCCAUGAGCGUGAGAGGAGAGGCAGUGGCCAGAGUUGGACCCAUUUCUCCCCAGCUGUGCCCAUGCUGCCCGAAGAACCUACUACACCUCCGCCCGUGUCCACCCGCCUGCAGGUCGUCUUCAGGAAUGCAGUCGCCAUUCUGAUGGUCUGCGUGGCCGGCGUGGCUGGCUGGUACCUGAGCCGCCGCUAUGCAAGCAGUGGCCCUUCUACUCCCGCCGAAGAGAAUCUCCCUCAGUUCGACACCUUGGGCCAGGUUUUUGGCUGGCUUUGUGCUGUACUUUAUCUUGGUUCCCGCCUGCCCCAGCUGAUCCUCAAUUGGCGGCGCAAGUCUGUUGAGGGAGUUUCCAUGCUGUUCUUCCUCUUCGCUUGCCUGGGAAACCUUACCUAUGUCCUAUCUAUAUUGGCCUAUGAGCCAACCUGUGCUCGGCCGAACCGCUGCCGCCCCGGCGAAGUCGGCAAAAUCUACGGGCGGUACAUACUUGUGAACCUCUCGUGGUUGGCUGGCAGUUUCGGUACCCUGCUUCUCGACCUGGCCAUCUUCGCCCAGUUCUUCAUCUACAGCUCAGAAGGUUCCGUAGACCAAGACGACGACGACGAAGGUUUCGAGGAUGAGGAGAGCAGCAUCGACGAAGACCGCUGGGAUCAGCGUCCCGUGCUUCAGCGUCUGGGAUCUGGACAUACUUGA